AUGUCCUACAACUUCUGCUCUAAAAGCUACAGCUCUCGCUCCCAUGGGAGUUCCUGCCACUCUCCUGUCACCUCUCCCAGUGGUCUCUGCUCCACUGAGAUGAGCUGCAGAGACUCACCCUGCUCUCCCAGUAGCAGCCUUGGGAACAGUGCACUUCCUGAGAGCUGCCACACAUCCUGUGAGAAACCCAGGAGCCGCUCACCGACGGUUUGUGACAGUGGCAACGCUAGCCCUUCUGCUUGCUCUCCAGUUGCUUCCGAUGUGCCGAGAUCCCACCAGGGAAAUGACUGUCAUCCCAUCACCACCAGUGGCAACAGUUCCUGCCAGCCUGCUUCCUGUAGACAACCUCUGAGAUACCGUUUUCAAAGUUAUCAGACCUAUGGCUGUCAACCUGGGAACUUCAUGCCCUAUGGCUGUCAACCUGGGAACCCCAUGACCUAUGGCUGUCAACCUGGGAACUCCAUGACCUAUGGCUGUCAACCUCUGAGCUACAUGCCUUAUGGCCGCCAACCUCUGAGCUACAUGCCCUAUGGUCGUCAGUCCCUGAGUUACGUGCCCAAUGGCCGUCAAUCUGGGAACUACUUGUCCUAUGGAUGCCAACCUCUUAACUACACCUCUGACUGCUACAGGCCCAUCAACUAUACGUGCGGCAAUUUUCAACCUUAUUCCUCUUCCUUGAAUGACUGCUAG